GUAGGACUUAUACUAGAUCUGAAGAAGUAUAUAUUUACUAUAAAAGAAGUUAAAUACCUUAACUAUAUCAUAGAGGUUUACCUGGACCCCAAGAAGCUAGCCGCUAUCUGUAAUUUCCUAGGGUUUGUAAACUUCUACCGAGACUUUAUCUUUAACUUUUCUAAGUUAACUAUACCCUUAAUAUAG